AUGGCCAUGCACACAAUCAAAGGUGCCAACUUGACUGGCACCCAAUGUAUAUUUCGGGAACAGGGCAUACUGAGGGUGAGGGUUGCAAGCAUAUCUUCUCCGCAUCUAAUGAGCUUGCACGUAGCACAAGACAUGCUAACCAUUUUCAUUGCCACCAAGCCAUUGAGGAACAUUUCACAUUUUGGGAUGCCAAUAAGCAAUUAUUUGUGGGAUCAUUAUCAAGAAGCGUUGAAAUCAGUUUGGUUGUUGACAGCUGAGCUAGAGACUAUCAAGGCUGAGCUACAUCUCAGUGACGACGACUUCCCUGGAUUCUUUGAUCAGGAAUGCAUAUACCUGGAUAAUCGGCUCUCUAUACAUUAUGUUGAGGUACUUGACGAACUUGUGGAACAAAGGGCUGAAUGGGAUUUCACCCAUGAAUCUGGCAAUAAUGCCCUUACAGGAGUAGAUGCUGGCAUUGAUUCUUCCUAUGCCAAACUACAGCAUGCCAAGGGGCUUGUCGCUCAUUGUGAAUGUGUCUUAUCUGUUGAUGAGAGAUGGGUGAUUGGUGGCAAGGAAUACAACCGUUUCAAGGAGGAAGUGACACUCGAUGAGCUGGAACAUUUGGUCGUUAUGAGAUUAUUUGAACUUUCAAAGCUCUCAUUAUCAGGCACAGGUUUGAGUUACUUUAAGCUCUGCCGAGCUCAUGAAGAAGUCAUUCAACUCAAUAUUGAAAUUUGCUGGCUCUGA